AUGGCGUCAAAGAUUGCUUUUAAGCUACUAAUAGAUGAGGAGGAGGAGGAAGAAGAAGGAGAAUCGUUUCAGUCACUGUCCUACACCUACAGAAUAGCUGCCUGGACUAUUGGAGCUAUAGUCAAAGAGGUGUGCUCUGUGAUUUGGGAAACACUGCAACCAGAAGUUAUGAAAGUUCCUAAUGCACACGAGGAGUGGAAACAGAUUGCUGAGAGUUUUGAAGACACAUGGCAAUUUCCAAAUUGCUGUGGGGCCAUUGAUGGCAAGCAUAUUGUGAUGAAGGCACCAGCUAGGUCAGGUUCUGUAUACUACAAUUACAAAGGGACUUUUUCAAUUGUGCUACUGGCUGUGGUUGAUGCUUGCUACAAGUUUGUGAUGAUUGACGUGGGAUCAUAUGGGAUAAACAAUGACUCAGGAGUCAGGCUUUGA